CGGCGACUUCAUUCUGUUGCGUCUGUUGACGGUGGUUGUUGUGACUGCGGUGACCGUAGAAAGAGCGCGAUGCCUGAACCGGCCAAGUCGGCGCCUGCCCCCAAAAAGGGCUCCAAGAAGGCGGUGACAAAGACCCAGAAGAAGGGCGACAAGAAGCGGCGGCGCAGCCGCAAGGAGAGCUACUCUAUCUACGUGUACAAGGUGCUGAAGCAGGUGCACCCCGACACCGGUAUCUCCUCUAAGGCCAUGGGUAUCAUGAACUCCUUUGUCAACGAUAUCUUCGAGCGUAUCGCUGGUGAGGCUUCGCGCCUGGCUCACUACAACAAGCGCUCCACCAUCACUUCACGGGAGAUCCAGACGGCUGUCCGGCUCCUGCUGCCCGGCGAGCUGGCCAAGCACGCUGUCUCCGAGGGUACCAAGGCCGUCACCAAGUACACCAGCUCCAAGUAAAGCGGCUGCACCCGGCUGCAGGAACCCACUCGGCUCAACUCAACCCAACGGCUCUUUUCAGAGCCACCCACUCAAUUACCAAAGAGCUGAUCUUGCUGCCGAGCCGCCCCUUUUUCUGGUCUUUUUGACGGAUCGUAACGGUUUGUAGAUCGGGGGGGGGGGAGGUUGGGGUAGGUACGGUUUUAAAAGGUGUCUUUAAAAUGGGUUAUUUUUCUGUUUGUUUGGGUUUUUUUAAAUAAACUGCGGUUUCUAGGCUGCACUUAAGGGUUUCUCCAUCUAAGGCGCCUGCAGCCGGGGUUACCGCUUUCGCCUUCAAACCGUUGCUCUGCUCUGAUUGGUCCCGGCGGACACGAACGUCACCUCGCAGCGUGGGUUUCCCUCUGGUCCGACUCGGGACUAUUUAAAGCCCGUGGGCGGGGCUCUAGCGCUUAUUCCGGGUCUGGGGCCGGAGGGAGGUGCGCGCUGUCCGGGCGAGCGCGGCGCUGGGGGCGCGGGCACGUCCUGGUGCCCCCCCGGCAUAGAGAGCGUAAGCGGUCGGUUUCUGUCAAUACGCACCUAUAUGGAGCGUGGGGGUGUUGUGCUCUGCCUCGGAUUUUACUGCUCAAAACUGCUUUCGAGAACUGCUUAUUACCGUUAGUCUUAUUUUUGGUUUUAGGGCAGAACCGUGUCUUUUCUGGACUGUUAAAAUGCAGUAACUCGGUAAAAAAAAGUUGUUUAUUGAAUGUAGUAAGUCUCAUUAGUGAAUACUUGGUGCUGUGGUUGGGUGGGGAAUGACACCCCCAUCUUAUUUUCUAUCCUUAAUGUUUGCCUAGGGCCGGGACGUGUUCUUUUUGGGGUUGGAGAGUAUAAAUAUUUAUAUUUCGAGUCCCCCUGGAGCGAGACUUGUCCCCGCCGCUUCCCGCGGCCCCGGUGUGGUUCCCACCGCGGCUACCGGCAGUGCUAGGGCGAUACCGCGGGGAAUCCAAACAACGCGCGGCCAUUGGCUGAGCCAAUGAGCAGCGGACCAAUCAGAGCGCGCGGAUUUUGAAGCCGUUGCGGUGGCAUGGUCGAGAGGCGUUCCGAAGGGACUGCUCCAGCCAAUGGGAGAGCGCGUACUGGAGCCCUCAUUUGCAUAACUACCAGCGGCGCCGGUAUCGUUCCUCCCCUGGUCCCGGCGACACCAGCGCGAUGCCCGAACCAGCGCCCGGCUUCAAGGAGGCGGUGACAGAGACGCAGAAAAGCGACGAGAAACGGCGACGCAGGAAGAGCUGCUCCACCUACGUGAGCAAAGUCCCGACCUCCUCCAUCCCCUCCCCGGCUCUGAUUGACGGGACCCGGCUACACCUUACACCCCGACAGCUCUUUCUGGAAGCUGAAAUGGGUUCAAAAAGCCUGUUCUGGAGACUUCUCCCCCUCCCCCCCCGAAU